AAUAAUAGAACCCGGAAACAAUGGGCCAACUGAACCUCUCUCUCUACUGCUGUGUGUGCAUGCUGUGGAAUGUUAAAAGAAUUCAAAGUUGUUCUACUCCAACUGACAAAUUAGCGAUCUAUGACUAUUUCGCCGUAGCGUUAUUUUUGUUGCACCUAGGUACACAAUAAUGCCAAAACUUUGUUCUGCAUUUGGAUGCAACAACAGGCAAACGCCUUCGAAGUCCAUUUUCAAAUUCCCAAAAGACCCUGAUAGAAGGAAGACAUGGCUAAGCAACAUCAACAGGGAUGAUCUGAACUCUAAGAUGCCAGAUCAAUUGCUGUCUGGGGGAUAUGGAGUUUGUGAGGACCAUUUUGCUGCCCACAUGAUUAUUCAAAUGAAUAAGAGAAAACGGCCUACCGCUGAAGCAGUGCCAUAUCACUACAAUGACACAAACAUGUGUGCAACACCUGUGGGAGGAGGACCAUCUGUGGCUCCGCCAGUGGUGACAAGAGCAGGAGUAGAUGGAGAGGACACCAAGGAUUGUGUGGCGCCUGAUGGUCACAACAGAAAUGGACAACCUGAAAGUGUCACUGGCAGCUGGGAGGAUGGAAAACAGUGCUCCGGCAAUGAGUAUCUUGAGACUGAGAGGAAUACAGACCAGCUGCUCAAAGUUUCCCCAGCUCUCCAACCGCCUCCAACAAAUGCUGCAGUGAAUACUUCAGAGCUCCCUGUCCCGGCUGAACAAGCAUGCCAGCAGCUCGAGAGGAAAAGGCGGAGGAAGAUGACAACCCCUCGCAAGGUGUGCACUCAGGAGGAACUUGAUGAGGGUGACCUGAACAUUUUUCAAAGACCCCUGUUCCCAUGUUUGAAGCCUCCAGCUUCACACAAGCGCACCGCACCCUCCAGGAGGAUCAAGAAGGCCAGGCUCUCCGCUGUGUGCCAUGGGCAAACCACCUCUUCCAAAAGAAAGGAUAAAAUAUUAGGUUGUUUGGAGACCAAACAAGUGACACCCAGCUCUGUGCAGGCAACGCCAAAGAAUCAUACUCCCAUCAUCCCUCAGCCACAAUCCUCCAAGAAACAUCAUCCUACGAUUUUAUGGAGAAAGAAGAGUGGAAGUACACCACUGCUGAGAGAUGAUAGAUCCAGCAAGAUCACAGCCGCCGCUCACCUCCCAUCAGGACCAGCUCACUUCCAAGCCUCCUCUCCUCAGAGUACCCGAGGCCCCAGCACAGCAGAGCGGCCAGCGGACACCUCCGAGUCCCCCCUCAGGAUGCACGGCCUCAGUGUGGAGGACUACAGGAGAGUUUAUCACUCUGUGGUGGACCCCAUGCUCUGCACGGCGUCCGGCAACCCGCAGAGGCCCAACCUGGAGCUGGGUCGGGUCAUCAAGCAGCGCCUGUGGGAGCGGCUCUUCUGCCCCCAGCUGCACGAGGAAGUGGGGCCUGACGGCAGGGUCACGAUAACGGAGACCUUCAACCACCCGCCGUACUACACGCACGCGCCUCAUGUGGAGCUGGAUAUGUCUACAUACCCGAAUACACAGACAGGAGGCGAAAAGGAAAAGCACACAAAACAAGAGACUAGUGAUUGAAUGGAUACCAUGUCUGAUGAGGAUUCAUUUUGUUAAUACAUAUGAAAAAUACAUUUUACAUGAUUAUGAACAAGCUUUUUUGAUAUAAAUAAAUAAACUGUGUGAAAUCAAAUACAGAAAUUA